GCUUUAAAGGCCAAACAUACUGGGAGAUUUAAAAGUGUCCCGUGAUUGCGCACUUUUCGACUGGUUCGUAGCUGUUUUGUAUUUCUUCACCUUUCUCACUCAACUUAACAAAUGUUUAACUGAAUAAUCCUUGAAUAAAUGUAUAUCCUCAAGCCACACUGCUUUCAGAACGUGAUAAAAAUCUUUCUAGCAUGGCGCAUCUUUUGACCGCAGACAAAUUGGCUGAGAUCAAAAAUUAUGAGGAGCAAAUGUUUGAUUACUUUUCCCACUACUCAGCGAAGCUUCGCGAGUGGUACGCAAAUGGUGGUGACAAGUCCGAAGAUUACAAGGCUCAGUAUGACAAACUUACGGAGGAGUACUACAGAUACCUUAAGUAUAUCCAACGUUUAAGAACCAUGACAACAAUGGGAUAUGACGUCUCCCAUCAAGGUUUGAUACUUUUUUGUUGACUGGCAUUUUUAAGUUUCAGUCGAAGCUAGCACCCUUCAAAACGUCCAACGUCCAGCCACUGAUAGUGUUCCAAACUCAAAUACAGCCUAUUCGGCAUCUGCUGCUGCCGACUACACUCGUUACUAUCAGAAUAUGAUUAGUUAUUUUGGAAAACUUUUGGAGUCUGUUCAGCAAAAUGAUCCUGAGUUCAAUGAGAGCUCCGAUGAGGAGAAUAAAGACAAAGAGAAAACAAAACCAGAUGGGACUGUGGAUCUCGAUAAUGCAGUUUCAGAAGAAAAGAAGGCCCUACCCGAAAACUCAGAGGUGCUGGAUCCUUGUUCUGACCCGAACGCCGUAAUGAAGGAAUAUUUUGACCGUUAUGUUAAAGCUGGAGAUUGGGAUUGGGCGUCUUGGAAUAAUUACCUUAGUUGGAUCGCUCGUACCAAUCCUCAGUGGUAUGAAAUAUUUGUGAAUUUAAGCCGAGGACUCGGCAUAGAUUGGGAUGACAUGUAUAAAAAAUGGGUCAGUUCGGUGUCAGGGGAUUCCAGUUGCAAUAAAAAUGCGCCUACGUCUUAUUAUUCAGGUGACCAGAACUUUUCCCUUGCAAACUACCUUGGAUUAGGGUCCACUAAUAUACCAACUGUUUGUAAACAAAAUGUUGGAAAUGAUGACAAUGAUGACAGUGAAGGCUCGCAGCACUAUUGUGCAACUUGCAAACAAGAUUUUGGUACCGAGCGUGCGUUCAUGUUACACAUACGUGGUCUGACACAUACUCAAAGGACUCUUCAGUCUAGUGGAAUAAAUUCAUUUGACUCCAGUGUUUUAGAGGAGAACUGGGAGGUAAAACAUCACGAAUGGUUGAAAUCUCAGUAUUUAAAUGAACUUAAUUCUAUUGUGGGAUUAUCUGGAUCAUUUUACUGUGAGUUGUGUGAAGUGGAAUUCCCAUCUCACAAAGCUCUUGGUUCACAUCUUAAUGGACGUCGACAUCGAGAAAAUGUUUUUAUUUUUGAGUCAACUGGAAAUCGUUCUUUGUUGAAGGGUAAACGUCAGGCUCAAGUAAAAGUUACUGCCAAGAUACAACCGUUUCUUGAUGUGUGUACUCAGCCUCUAAUAGGACUCAAUUAUAUGAUCGAGUAUCAGUUACGGGAACUGGAUGAAUGUCUGUAUAUUUGUAGUCUCUGUAAUCAGUGGUUACCAAAAAAGUCAGUGAUAAAUCACCUGUGUAGUAUUAUCCAUCGAAAAACAUAUCUUAACACAUAUUACUUACCUCUGUUCAGAAUUAUUGACCGGGAUUAUAGUGAUAAAUCACUUCAAGCUUGUCGACUGGAGGUGUAUGCUCGUAAGAUAGAAGAUUUUGAAGGAAGGAAACGUCUUAUUAUCAAAGAACAUUCUGUAGCAGAUCUUGAUCUUCAAAGCGAAAUUAUACGUCUUAUUCAAGAACACAAUGAAGCACGUCUUUUAAAAGAGAAGUGUCAAAAAUCGCCUCCGCGUACUUGUGAGCACUCCGCUUCUAAUACUCCCGUUUCGGGAGACCUUGAAGAAGGAGAAAUAAUAGAAGAUUCUUCUGAUGAAGAAACAAAUACUGCAGAAGUGAGCUCUCCAGAUUCUGACUCAAGUUUUUAUGCACGUUACAAUGUUAUCAUGAGAUCAAUCGAUAAAAAAAGGAACAGUGUUACCGAUGUUGACACAAGCAAUCCAAACAGAAAGUCUCAAUUUCUUAUGGAUACUAUUAUAUCAGAAAACAAGGAUAUACAACUGAACGGAGAAUUUGUAGAGGAUAUAACAAUCACAGAUGAGGAUUGUGAAAAAUAUAUUCAAGAGCUAGAACAAGAAGGCUUACUGCAAUUAAAAGCAUCUAAUUCAAGCGGUAAAUUACGACGAGACUCUUCUUACACUGACCAGUUCACAAAGGAAGCUGAUUGGGUUUUAGAAAAGUUAAAAACUUUGAAGAGUAGACAUGAAGAAAACCUUCGACAAACAGCAGCAGAUGUAUCCGCUACAGCAAGAAUUCAGGCUAACAAAUUAUCAAAUACUGAAAAUUCUCCAGUUCAACAUUGCUUUUUUAUACAUGAUUUUUCUUACAAUCAUUAUUAUAAAUCAAGAUUUGAAAAAGGCUUAAUUCUCCCACCACUUGGAACUCCAGUAGGCCCUUCAGUUCCUAUGUACAAGAAUUACAACUACCCUAUUCCUCCAAACACUGGGAGCUUAAAUGAACGUAAUGCUAAUGCAGGAGAGAAUAGCACUCGAAUAGCUUUAUCCAGCAGUGCAUUUAAUGUAAUAUUAUCAGCUAUUGAUGCUCUCAAAUCUUCCGGACAGUUACCUAGGGGUCUAAAUCCAACGUUAAAAGAAAAGAAUAUCAAUGUAACUGAGAUUAAAAAUUCCAGUCAGCAGAUUACUAACAGAGAUAAUCAGCAAUAUAUAUCUCCUGGUUAUAAUCAAAUAUCAGGAAUUGAAGAUCCAGUACACCAUGCUUCCGUAGGUUCGACUGUAAACAAUACACCUUUGAUUACGAAAAUGGAGCAUCCUAACCCCUCUCAUCACCUGAACGUCUCAAGACCUGUUUAUGCUCCCGUGCCAAUAAACAGAGAAGGACUGAAGAAUAUCCCGAAUUCGCCUCAAAGAGGUGUUGAGUGUCACAAAAAUCAAGUCGUUUCAACGUCAUUUAAUCGGCAUGCGCAAAACAAUCCUCCUUUAAAGUCACUUAUUAACCCUUAUGAACCACAAAAUAUAAUGCACCAACCAGCACCAGAUAACCUUACAAAUGAUGAGAAAAUAUUCGACGCGUACACCAUAUUUUCAAGACGCUGUGAACUUAAAAAAGCUCAAAAGCAGAACUGGAUAAAAACCCCAAGAUAUUUCAGGCGUGGAAUGAGGGGUGAAGUUAACCAGGGUUCAGGCACAAACUCCCAAUUCCACAAUCCAGCUGGAAGACGACUAUCUGCUAUUGCUGAUUUUCUAGGUGUUAAUGAACCACCUACCGAGAGAAAACGAGUUCCUACUUCAAACCACUUAGAAUCGCAUCCGGCCAGUACUUUACCUUACCAUUCGUAUUCCUCAAACACCUUUCAAUAUCCUUCAACUCUAAAUAAUCAUACAUCUUUUUCUCAACCUGUAUGCCCUCCCGUGUAUGCUAAUCAGUCUACUAACCAUAAAACCCCUUCGAUUCCACUCAAUCUAAUGAAUUUGCCCAGAUCAUUACCACCAUAUGCCACUCCUAAUUCGUAUACACUCACAAACCCACAUACCAAUAGUUCUUUUUGGCCUGUUCAUCUCAACCUUGAUUCAUCCGUACCAAGUGCCUCACAGUCAUUACAGUACUAUAAUUCUUCGUUUCUUCCUACAUUCAAGUAACUUCAUUUCAUUUGAUUUAUUUGGAGCGUCUACCCAGUGAUACUUAAACGGAUUAAGAACUUUGUAUAUAAACUAGUCACUAAAAAUGUUACGUAGCCAUGUACAUAGAAUUGAAUACAUUUUUAUCGAUUUGCA